AUGUCUGAUCAUCCAAUUCAUCGUUUAUCACUCGAUGGUCAAAUGUGUGUAGAGCCAUCAUGUACUUCAGUAGCAAGACACCGUUGCAAACAUUGUCAAAAAGCGUAUUGUGAUAUGUGCGUUCGAGUACAUAAACGUUAUGUUUUACAAGAGAUGAGUGAUAUAGCUAAGCAAAUGGAUAUGAAUCGUCAAAAAAGUCAAAUGGAAGUUCGGUCAUUUAUUGAAAGACAACGUGCUGAUGCUCGUGCAAAAGCUGAAGCAAUGCAACGAGAUAUUAUACGAAGAAUAAAUGAAGCUAAUCAAAAUGUUUUACAAUAUAUGGAUGAUCGUGCUCAAAUGAAAUUAUCACGUUUAGCUGAUGCAUUACAUACAUUUGAUAAUGAUGCAUCUGAAUUGAAACAAUCACUUCAUGUCGAACAAUUUCUUUCAGCUAAAAGAAUUAUUGAAUUACGAACAAGAUAUGCAGCUAAUAUGUUUGAUGAUAGAAAAAAUAAUGAUGAUAAUAAUGAAGAAGAAUCAGAUUCAAGUCUAUCAGUAAUAAAUGAACAGUCGGAUUGGGAGAAAAGUUUUUUUGCCAAUGGAGAAAAAUAUCGAAUGUAUGAUGAAUUAAUUAAUCUUCGUGCUAAAUGGCCUUUUCUUGCGCCAGCUCUCACAUCAGUUUAUUAUGCAGCUGAAAAAGAAUUUUCACUGGAUGAGAUUCGUACGUUUCUUGAAUAUCGACAUGAUAAAGUUUUAAAUUUACUUACUGAACAUUGUAAAGCAAUGGGAAAAGGACCUCUUCAUCCAACAAUUGAAGAUCUUUCAUUCUAUCGAUAUAAAUCUUCAAUACCAUUAAAUAAAAUACAUGAUGCAAACUUCGAUCGUUGUUUGCACAAUACGGCAACACAUGACGAACAUAAUGAUUAUCAUCAUGAACUAACUAAUACAAUGAGUGAAUCAAUGCGAUUGUAA